CUUUGACAUUCGACAGCAUUCGUUCGACAGUGUUCGACAGUAUUGCGCGGUGCGCUUUAGGAUUGUGUCAAGAGGUUUGUUCGUGCGAGUUAUAUUUCGAAGAAUUGAACGGCGCGAAAUCAUUUCGAUGUUUCUCGAUCUUUCGACGCUCAUAUAAUACCCCCCCGUCAAAUCUUGACAAAUUAUUUAUUUCUUGUUUAAUCAAUACUUGAAAAAAACGACGUCAAAGAUAUAAGAAAAUAGCAGGAGGAAAAGGAGUAAUUGCUGGUGAAAGUUAGACGAUAUUUCUCAGUCACAGAAAUCAGUUUCUUUCGUCAUUUGCUCAUAUAAUGAGCGCAGUAACCAAUCAGGAUGAGAUUCAUAUGACAACACCUGAACUUAUUCAUGCUCAUGGUUAUACAGCAGAGACACAUUAUAUUUGGACUGAAGAUGGAUAUUGUUUAGAUGUACAUCGAGUUCUUACUCCAAAAACAUGCGAUCAUUCAUGUGAUCUUAGUGAGAAUGAAGUAAAUAAGCCAAAUGAUAGGACAACAAAGGAGGCUCGUAUACCAAUCCUUGUUCAUCAUGGACUAUUGUCAAGUUCAGCUGAUUGGGUACUGCUGGGUCCAAAGAAAGCUUUAGCAUAUAUUUUAUAUGACAAUGGAUAUGAUGUCUGGUUGGGAAACGCAAGGGGUAAUACAUAUGCUAAAAAGCAUAAGAAAUAUACAACCAAAGACAAAGAAUUUUGGGAUUUCAGCUGGCACGAAGUUGGUUAUUAUGACUUACCAGCAACAAUAGAUUACAUUUUAGACCACACAGGAUAUAAAGAGCUCUACUAUGUAGGCUACAGUCAAGGUACAACUGCAUUCUAUGUAAUGGCUAGCGAAAAAUCUGAAUAUACUCACAAGAUUAAAGGAAUGAUUAGUAUGGCACCAAUAGCAUUUCUUUCAAAUCAGAGGAGUCCGUUACUCAAACUUAUUGUUCAUUUUUAUGGACUAAUGGAGUGGGGAUCUUCUUAUUGCAAUGUACAUCAGUGGUUCCCCCGCAAUAGGUUACAGGCGCGGGCUUUGGGUACAAUAAUGCGAAAUGCUCCAGGUAGCCUUACUAAAGGUUUCUGUGUAUGUUGGUUUUACUUGAUCGCCGGUUUCGGUAGUGAUCAGUUAGACAAAUCUAUGCUGCCAUUAAUCUUGGCACAUUUUCCAGCGGGUGCUUCAGCGAAACAGAUCAUUCAUUACAGUCAAAGUAUAUUAUCAGGAUCAUUUCGUAAAUUUGAUUACGGUGCGACUGAGAACCUAAAAAUUUACGGAUCAACACAACCGCCAAAAUACGACCUUGAGAAAGCAAAAACACCAGUUGUAAUAUUUUAUAGCGAGAACGAUUUUCUAACCGACCCUGCAGAUGUAAAAAAACUUGUUGAUAGACUGCCAAAUGUUAUAGAGACACGAAAAAUUGAAUAUUCAAAAUUUAAUCAUAUUGAUUACUUGUGGGGUAGAGAUGCUAAAACGCUUCUUUACAAUACUGUUGUAACAGUAUUAAAAAAGUUCAGAUAA